UUCACUUCUCUCCAAGUAAUAGCCUUCACCACCAAACACACACUCCCCCAAAACUCUCUCCCAGACUCCCACGCACUCACUCUGUACGGUCCAAUCCACACUAUUCCAUAUCGAUCUUCAAUCCAAAUCCCAUCUCUCCUUCCAUAUAUCGAUCUUCCUCCACUUCAUUUCACUUCCUCUGUAAACAUAUUCUCUCUUUAAUGGACUCGUGCAGUUUCGACAACGUCAAGGCGGAGAAAGCCAGCGCCAUGCGGAGGUACAACCGUCUCCGCACCAUCGCCAGGCUUUUCCGCCUCGCCGAGCUCUGCGUCGCCGCCGUCUUGCUCUCCUGGACCUUCACUCGCCUCCCCUUCGCCCUCCGCAUCUCCCUCGACUACCUCCGCCUCUUCUCCGGCGUCGUUUCGAGCCCUCUCUUCGUCUUCCUCGUCUGCAACGCCAUCAUCGUCUCUCUCUUCGCCAAGUCCCGCAACGUCACCGCCUCCGCCUCGCCUCAGGAUCCGAAGGACGACGUGGAGACUCAACUUUACGAUGAGUUCACCAACAACUGCGGCGGAAAGAUGUCGAACUCCGGUGACGACGUCCUCUCCAGUGUGAAAGAGGAGGUUGUGUAUCAGGACAAGCAGAUCAUCUCCGAGGUGAACGCCGCCGAUCCUAAACCUGAAACCGACCCGAACUCCGGCGCUGAGUCAGACUCGGACUCGGAUUCGGGUUUGGAGUUUCCGAAAGCUAUCCGGAGGACGAAGUCGGAGAAGUUCGAGAGAGUUGUUCCGGCGAAGCUAAAAAGGUCGGACACGGAGCAUUGCCGGAAAAUGCUGAGGUCCGGCGAGGAAACUGUGCCGGAAGAUUUCGAUCCAGAGGACGACUUGAGCAACGAGGAGUUUCAGCGCGCCAUUGAAGCUUUCAUUGAGAAGCAGAAGAGGUUUCGUCAUCAGGAAGAGUCUCUGGCCAUUGUGCUUCAAAACCAGAGCUGAUGAUUAAAAAAAUAAAUAAAAAUAGGAAGAAAGUUAAAUGUUAUGAUUCUACGGCUAUUUAAUUAGUGUUAAGUACAGUAAUUUUUCAUCAAAUUGGGGUUAAAUUAACAAGUUUACCACUUCUUUAA